CUGCGAGCUCCUCGCUGGUAGCGUGGAGUUGAAACCAGAGAGACACAGAGAGGAGGUCGCUGUAGUAGUUUUUUUUUUUUUUUUAAAGAAAAGUUAUAGAAACUCGCAGGCGAAGUUAUUUACCCGCGUCCAGUUCACAUGGUGGCAGACUUCAGACUCGGAGGUAAAUACGUGUUGAUAAAAACAACAACACUUUCGAGUGUUUCGAGCUCGCUGACUUCUGCAUGGUCGCUAGCUAGCUAACAGUUAGCUUCAGAAGCUACUUGGCUAGCUGGCUAGCGAGGUCCAGCCCAAAAAAAAAGUUGUUUACCUCGAGUUGUGGAUGUGGUCACCCCCUGAGCUUUUCGCGUAUUUUCUCUGGGAUAAGAGAGCCAGGACUAAAACUUCACACUGGAUUUAACACUGUUUGCUGUUAGGAAACUAGCAGGAUGUCCACAGAGGUUGAGCUUAGUCAGGUCGACUCGGGUUUGACAGCGGCCAGCUCCGCGGAGAAGAAGAGCCAACAAAACAAGUCCGACCUGCAGAAAGAGCAGGCGAAAGAGCCGCAGAAAGGUUUGGAAAAGCAGCUGGCGGACGACGUGGCCAAGAGUCCGACAGACGUGCACAAGAAAUGCAAAGAAAACGAUAAAGAAAACGACCAAAGCAGCAACGCUGAGUCGGCUGUGGAGACGGUGAAGAGGAAAGUUGUUGAAGCUCCUCCGCCGAAAGUCAACCCGUGGACGAAGAGGACGACGGGCAGGGUGCCGAUCAACAGCAUGAACUCAAGCUCCCACGAGAAAGAUCAACAAAACGCCCUGAAAGUCGUCCGUGCCAGCAAGCCCAGAACGAGAAAAUCCAGCAAGUCGAGUGACUUCAGUGAUAUCACAAACUGGCCCACACCUGGGGAACUGGCCAAAGAGCAGCAACAAAAUGUCCUCAACAACAACGAGAAGAAGCCCCCUUCCUCACGCAGAGAGAAGGAGAAGAGGAGGGAGCGACCCGACAGGAAGUCCGAGAGCAGCCACGACGGCGGCGAGAGCAAAGAGAACCAGGAGGCUCAGACGGACCCGCUGGGAGAGCUGCCCAAAGACGGAGAGUCCAAGACGGGACAGGACGCCAAGAGCGCCGCGCUGAAGAAGAGGGGAGGAGAGGGUAACAAACGUAAGUGGGUUUCUCUGCCGCUGGAGGAAGCGUCCCGGGACGACGGUGACAAGACGCCCGGCGGGGGGCCGGCGCGCUCGGACACAGAUCCCACCAGCGACUCGCCUGACCCCACGUCGCCCAAUCACACACUCCAUAAUAACAGGGCGCAUGAUAGCAGCAGCAGCAGGAGUUGGAGAAGAGAGCCGCGGGACUUUGGAGACGAUACCGGCAGCGUCCGGAGUGAGAGCGGGAGCGUUCGAGGAGGAAUACGAGGCCGGGGGAAAGGUCGUGGGCGCGGGAGAGGUCGUGGGCGCGGCCGUUAUGAAUACUCUCAGAGCUUCCGGGACUCUCAGUCGUCAGACGGCGGCGUUCAGGGCCCCUCAGAGUUCGGCAGCAACAUGGUGUAUUACUACGACGACGGCAGCAAGGUCCAGAUGUACACAGUGGAUGAAAAGCUUCUGAAGGAGUACAUCAAACGACAAAUUGAGUACUACUUCAGCCUCCACAACCUGGAGCGAGACUUCUUCCUGAGGAGAAAAAUGGACACGCAGGGCUUCCUCCCCAUCUCCCUGAUUGCCAGCUUCCACAGAGUGCAGGCUCUGACCACCGACAUCGCCCUCAUCGUCGAGGCUCUGAAGAGCAGCAAAGAGGUGGAGCUGGUGGACGACAAGAUCCGCUGUAAAUCCGACCCCGAGCGCUGGCCGAUCCCCACCCCGGCCAUCGUCGGCUCCCCUCGGACCGACUUCUCACAACUCAUCAACUGCCCCGAGUUCGUUCCUCGUCAGUCCCUCAGCUCCACAAACUCUGCUUCCUCGCCCGUGGAGAAGACUCCUCCUGACUCUGCUGAGCCCGAGGACUCCACCGACCCCGGCUCCUCCAGCCAGGAGUCGCUCCCGAGCACAGACGCCUCCAAAGACGCCCCCCAACCCGACCCCGACGCCUGGAUCCAGGUGGAGAAACGCCAUCGACAACCCUCCGGAAAAGCAAAGCACGAUACUGACGAUGUGUGUGUAGUCACCUCUCCUCCCCCCUCACCGCUCCGUCCCGACCUCCUCCUCUCUGCAGAGCGGUCUGAGGCGUCUCCACACAGCCACCAGACCCCCACUAAGGCCGAGCCCGACCAGGAGGAGCUGGACUUCUUGUUCGACGAAGAAAUGGAGCAGCUGGCGCCAAGGAAGAACAAGUUCACCGACUGGUCGGACGAGGACGACUCGGACUACGAGAUGGACGACCAGGACGUCAACAAGAUCCUGAUCGUCACCCAGACGCCCCCUUACAUCCGUAAGCACCCCAGCGGUGACCGGACGGGAAACCACGAGUCCCGAGCCAAGCUCACAACCGACCUGGCCAAAGCCAUCAACGACGGGCUGUACUACUACGAACAGGACCUGUGGAAGGAAGAGGACCAGAUCGAGUGCAGCAAGCAGGACGUGGAGAACUUCAAGAAGCUGAACGUGAUCAGUAAAGAUGAGUUUGAAACUCUCACCCCCAAAGUGCCCGUCGACCCGAACCAGGAAGCCCCUCCGAUUCCCAUGCCAGGUUUGGCCUCAGUGGACAGCGGUGCAGAAUUGGCACGCUCUCUGCCCACGACGGUCCCAGAGUCGCCCAGCUCUCACCAGCCCAGAACACCCAAAACGCCUCGCACCCCCGGACGCCAGGACCCGAACAAGACGCCACGCUUCUACCCCGUCAUGAAGGAGAGCGGAAACCUCGAUGGGCAGACGCCGAGGAAGAAGAAAACCAGCCAUAGUUCAAACCCUCCUCAGGAAGCCCACAUCGGCUGGGUGAUGGACUCCCGUGAACACCGGCCGCGCUCUGCCUCCAUCAGCAGCUCCAACGCCUCCCCAUCAGAAGGAGCCCCGCUGACAGGAAGUUACGGCUGCACCCCCCAGUCUCUGCCCAAAUUCUGGCAUCCCUCCCACGAGCUGCUGAGAGACAACGGCUUCACUCAGCAGGGAUACCACAAGUACCGCCGACGGUGCCUGAACGAGAGGAAACGGUUGGGGGUCGGCCAGUCUCAGGAGAUGAACACCCUGUUCCGAUUCUGGUCCUUCUUCCUGAGGGACAACUUCAACAGAAAGAUGUACGAGGAGUUCAAACAGAGUGCGCUGGAAGAUGCCAAAGAAAACAACAGGUACGGUCUGGAGUGUCUCUUCAGAUACUACAGCUACGGUUUGGAGAAGAGAUUCCGGUUAGAUCUGUUCAAGGACUUUCAAGAAGAGACCCUGAGAGACUUUGAGAAAGGUCAGCUGUACGGACUGGAGAAGUUCUGGGCCUUCUUGAAAUACUCUAGGAUGAAGAACCAGCCGAUCGACCCGAAGCUGCAGGAGCACCUCAAUAAAUUCAAGAACCUGGAGGACUUCAGGGUGGUGCCUCCAAUGGAGGGAGGCAGGAGGAGACGCCACUCAUCCUCGGCCGGGGAUGAAGGAAGGCGUCGGCGCCAUCCUUCCAACACUACCUCAAAACCAACGCAGGCCUCUAAAUCCUCUAAUGCCGCAGCUCAACCCGCCACACAGAACACACCCAAAGACAGCGCGCAGAAAGCAGCCGCGCCCGCCGCCCGGGCCGAGAAGUCUGAUCCUGGAGCCGGGAAGAAGGAAAGCGCUGCACCAAAUAAAUGAAGCUCCCCUCCUGCAGGUGUGGGGUUUGGAUAGCAGAGAUGCAAAGCGAACGCGGCGGCGGCUGCAGCAGCUCUGAGCUCAGCGUUCGCUCUUUUCGGCAGCAAACAGUUUGGGUAUGAAGAGAGACUGAGCGUGGUUGACUUCAUUUGAUCAUUUUUAUCAUUUCAUUUUUAAAAAUAGCAAAGCAAGCAAAGGCAGAGAGCUUCAUUCUGUGCGCCUCACGCUCGUCGUAACGUUUACAAAAAAGAAAACUAAACAAAAAAAAAAUGCAUUCCCUGCAUUUUGCCUUUAUACUCUCUUCUCAAGAUGCCAAAAGUCUUCAACAAGUCUGUUAAUCUCCUCGAUCUGUAAACAGCUCUGGUAUUUCAAGAGCUCUCCGCCUGUCACACUGUGGUUCUAGUUUGCCAAGAUUAGAGAUGCUGCAGAUAGUCGUGUGUGCCUUAAUCUGAAUCUGCAGGAAGAGAAAAAGGGGGCGCUCAGAUGCAAAAAAAAAAAAAAAAAAAAUGCUUUUAAAAGUCUUCCAAGUUAAUUAUUUGGGGUUUGAAACUGUCAUCACUUACAUGUUUUCUUUCCUUCAGAUAUAGUUUUUUUUUUUUUUUUAUGAGACAAUCACGUUGACCGCUACAUAUUUGUGAAGGACUGACCCCUCCGAGGCCGCUGAGCCGAAACAAAACUUGCCCCGAUGUUUUUAACCGACAGAAAGGCAUCGCAGCUAAACGAUCAUGUCUGGGUUUUUUAAUUCAAAACCUGCAGAAAUAACGAUGAAUUCAUCUGGGAAGCUUUAAGCCCCUUUGUUUUUACACCCAGUGGUAGUAUAAUUUAUUGUUUUAUUUCUGUUUUCUCCAUUUACUUGAUUUUAAUGGAUUAGUUUUAGGUAAUCAUUGCAGUUUUUAAUGGCUUUUGCUAUUGAAUAUGAUAUAAAAAAUAAAAAAAAAAGGAAAUGUUUCUGCUGGAAUUAUGGGUGUGAGCUAGCAUCGUAAAACUAGCGCAUAUUUUAGCUUGAAGUUAACUUCGUAUUAUAUUUGAGGCUUGGUGCUCUAGAGCACUUAAAUCGUUAUCUUUCCUUUUACUUUAUAAAUGGACUUUAAAGAGUUUCAGAGUUGAAUUUAAAGAAAAAAAAUGUAAAUACUAUAAAAAAUCAUUUGCUAUUCAGUUAUUCUUUUGAUUCUAAGAAGUGAUUUGUUUUAUCGGUAGUGUGGUUUUGAGUGUGUUUUAGCGUUGCAUGUUAAUGCCAGAGUCUUGAAUUGUAAAAUGCAAAAAAAUAUAAAAUAACAUUUGAUUGUA